AAGCGCCUCUUAUUGUUUUUAAACUAACCAUUGUUUUAAUUUUUUUCGGUUUCGAACCUGGUGCCGCAGCGCCCUCUACGUGCAGUAAAAAAUCGACCGAACGAACGGAAGUACUUAUCAGCUGUCAGUUUUUGGGAAAAGUUCCCAAAAUGGCUUCACUUUGCACCCGAAUUGCCGUCUCCAGCGCUAGAAAAAAUGUGCUGUGCACCAGCUACAGAUUCGCCACCAAGGUGACCAUGGGUGACCCCCUUGAGCACGCCACUGGGCUGGAAAAGCGCGAGCUUUUGGCAAAAGUAGCCGGUAACGAGAACCCUUUCGACCUCAAAGUAAUCAAGAGGGGUCCCGGCACCAAAGAUAAGCCCAACGAGAUUCCCUCGGCUUUUGAGGCUCGUCUUGUGGGGUGCAUCUGCGAGGAGGAGUCCACUAGUGUUAACUGGAUGUGGCUGCAUAAGGGCCAGGCCAGAAGAUGCGAAUGCGGACACUGGUUCAACUUGGUUCACAAGGCUCCUGUAUAAUCUGUAAAGCUAGUUCCCACUAGAGUAAUGAUAGACAAGUUUAUGUAAUAAAUUUAUGUUCUUUUA